AUGGUGGAAGCAUUGUUGAGCAGAGGAAUUGACGCAGACAGCCAGGACUGUGACGGUUGGACAGCUCUGUCGUAUGCGACUUCUACACCGUCGGAUCACAAAAAGUUAGGAGACAAAGCCCUAGUUAAGCAAAUUCUUGAGUCUGGGAAUAAUCCAAAAGCUCACGAUUCACACAUCAAGAGCUCCUUGGCGGCGACCACACGCCGUGAUUACGAGGGCAUUGUGAAACUACUUUUGCAGUAUAUGGCGAACCCAGACACGGUUAACGUUAAUUGGGGAGGAUGGAAACCAUUGAUGGUCGCAGCAGCAACAGGAUGCGGGAAUACAGUUCGAUUACUGCUCGAUACGGGAAAUGUAAACCCCAAGCGCCGGGAUGAGACUGGCCACGACCAAAUCGCGGUACUUCUCUCGAGUCCUAUAAUGGAGACCAACGUGACCAUCAAUGAAGCUGUCUGCACCACAGACCAGCUGGAGAACGCUCCUCUCAUUGCUUCUCGUGCAACAGGACCACAAGAAAGGUGA